AUGUUUAUAUUUAUGGACAAGAACACCGUGACGCUCAAAGUCGGCCUUGUGGGCGACGCACAGGUAGGCAAGACCUCGCUGAUGGUGAAGUACGUCGAAAACUGCUUCGACGAGGUGUAUACACAAACUCUAGGCGUCAAUUACAUGGAACGUUCCAUCAAUAUCAAGACCACAGAGAUCACCUUUUCUAUUUGGGAUCUAGGAGGAGAGGCAGAGUUCACAAAUAUGCUGCCCUUGGUGGCCAGUGACGCUGUGGCGGUGCUGUUCAUGUUUGACCUGACCCGCAAGUCCACCCUGAGCUCCGUCAAGGACUGGUACCGGCAAACGAGAGGGUUCAACAGAACAGCCAUACCGUUCCUGGUGGGCACGAAGUACGACCUGUUUGUGGACCUGAGCGACGCGGAGCAGGAGGAGAUCACGAGACAGGCCCAGAAGUUUGCGCGGGCGAUGAAUGCGCCGCUGAUCUUCUGCUCGACCAGUGCCUCGAUCAACAUUCAAAAGAUCUUCAAGAUUUGUCCGCGAGAGAGGAGAUGA